GGCUGCGGGGGAUGGCGCGGCGGGCGGGCGAGUCAUGCCCGCGCUUCAGCCGGCUGGUGAGCCUGUGCUUCAGCCGGCUGCUGCCCCUGUGCCUACCCUUGUGCCUGCCGCUGCCGGCGGCGGCGCGCCCGCCCGCCCCGCACCUCGUGCUGGUGCUGGCCGACGACCUGGGCUGGGGCGACGUGGGCUGGCACGGCUCUGCCAUCCGCACGCCGCGGCUGGACGCGCUGGGGGCGGACGGCGUGCGGCUGGAGCGCUACUACACGCAGCCGCUGUGCACGCCGUCCCGCAGCCAGCUCCUGUCGGGCCGCUACCAGAUCCACACUGGUUUACAACACGAGAUAAUUUGGCCAUGUCAGCCCAGCUGUCUGCCACUGGAUGAGAAACUCCUCCCAGAGCUACUUCAAGAGGCGGGAUAUGUUACUCACAUGGUGGGGAAGUGGCAUUUGGGGAUGUACAGAAAAGAAUGCCUUCCAACCCGCAGAGGAUUUGACACUUAUUUUGGCUAUCUCCUGGGCAGUGAGGAUUAUUAUACUCAUGAUCGCUGUGUCCUCAUCAAAGCAAAGAAUGUGACGCGCUGUGCUCUGGACUUUCGAGAUGGGGAAGAAGUUGCAACUGGAUUUAAAAAUGUGUACUCCACAAAUUUAUUCACAGAAAGAGCUAUAGAUCUUAUAGCCAAUCACAAAACUGAAAAGCCCCUCUUUCUCUAUCUCGCCUUUCAGUCUGUGCAUGAACCUCUCGAGGUCCCUGAGGAAUACGUGAAACCAUACUCUUCCAUAGAAGAUGUGAAGAGGCGCCAUUAUGCAGGAAUGGUGACUCUCAUGGACGAAGCUGUAGGAAAUCUUACUGAUGCUCUGAAAACAUAUGGUCUUUGGGACAACACAGUUUUUGUUUUCUCUACUGAUAAUGGAGGACAAACUCUAGCAGGGGGGAAUAACUGGCCUCUGAGAGGGAGAAAAUGGACCCUCUGGGAAGGAGGAGUGAGAGGUGUAGGCUUUGUUGCAAGUCCUUUGCUGAAACAAAAAGGUGUAGAAAGUCACGAACUCAUCCAUAUCUCUGACUGGCUGCCAACGCUGGUGCACCUUGCUGGAGGACGUACCAAUGGCACUAAGCCUUUGGAUGGCUUUGAUGUUUGGAACACUAUCAGUGAAGGAAGACCUUCUCCCAGAGUGGAAAUUCUGCAUAACAUAGACCCCAUGUUUGUGGAUGAUUCCCCAUGUCUUGGCAUUGAUAAGAGGACAUCUUUACUACAGAGCAAUUCUUCUCGGUGGGAUGAUACACUUUUCAAUAUAUCCAUACAUGCAGCAAUAAGACAUGGAAAAUGGAAGUUACUAACUGGAUAUCCAGGCUGCAGUCAUUGGUUCCCUCCACCGUCUUUGUACAAUGAGUCACAGAUUCAGUCGUCUGAUCCAUCAACAAAGAGGCUUUGGCUGUUUGAUAUUGUUCAUGACCCUGAAGAGAAAAAUGAUGUGUCUGAAAAACACCCUCAUGUAGUGGAAAAACUGCUCUCACGGCUUCAGUAUUAUCACAAACAUUCAGUGCCUGUGUUCUACCCUGAUGAGGAUCCCGCCUGUGAUCCAGCAGCAACUGGGGUUUGGGGUCCUUGGGCAUAGUCCACACAGCUUUGCACCCUGCAAAAAACCUCUGUAGCAGAGCCUGGUUUAUGGACUCAGAGUCCUAGUGAUGUAUUUUGUACUCUCUUUAAUGAGCUGUUGCUAACUGUGAGCUUAUUCUUUGAAUAUUUCACUAUUUUUUGUUCUUGAUCUGUUGGGAAUCCUAUUUCAGUCUUUUCCCACUCUCUCAUUCCCAGCAAUUAUAUGUGAAAUGUUAGUAAUUUUUUUUUUAAUAUUCUUUGGAAUAUACUUCUAGUGCAGAAGAUAAAAUUGCCUCCUUCCUUGAAAGAAAUUGAAAGGAAUUGAAUUCCUUCUAAGGAAUCAUGGCAAUUCCCUCUAAGGAAUCAUGGCAGCAGAGACAUCCAAAAUUAAUCAUUCUUGUGGGAGUAUAUUGAUUUCUUGUUUCAUGUUUGUCCAAAAUACAAAUUCUACUGAAAGCUGUUAUAAAUCUGUAUUGGCAUAAAUUUUUUGCCUUUAACCUGUACUUCCAUCCAGAAAAGGGAAAAAUAAAAAAAGAAAACCUCAUAAAUACAACAAAAUCUCUAUUUCUUGUUCUCUCUUAAUGUAUCAAACCAGAGUAGAGAGAGAUGAUCAGCUGGAGUGCAGGGCUGUCAGGUAGAAGGAUCUUGACAGGCUGAAAAAAUGGGUGACUAAAGAUUUCAUGGAUUUCAACAAUUGCAGAGUCCUCCAGUUGGGAUGGAACAGCUGCAUUCAGGAGUACAUGCUCGGCCAUGACCAGAUGGAAAGCAUUAACAUCUAGGCAUCCUUCUGGACAAUAAUUAGGACAAGAGUUGCCAUUUUCUCUCUAGGUGAAGAAAACCAACCCAUUGUUGUUCCAUAUAUGUGAGAAUGUAGCCAGCAGCUAGGGAUGUCUUAAUUAUCUUCUAUCAGUGCUAGAGCACAGCAUCACAUUUUGGGCUUCCCUAUGUAGGAAAAAUAUUGGCCAGUUGGAGUUAGUUCAGUGGAGAGCUCUGAAUAUGAUCAUGGGGAGGGAUUAAGAAAUGGGUUAGUUUAUGGUGUUGAGAAAAAGGGAAGUUGCUAUCUUCAGCUACCUAAUGGGAGAACACAGAGAAGAGGAAGCAGGACUCUACUCAGAGAUGCACAAAGAUGAAAAGCACACAGGGAACAUGUGGAGUUCCAAUGCAAUAUAAGGAAAGGAAAAAAUAUCACACUCUGGGUUUAAUUAAAUAUGGGAAAUGUGGCAACUCUAAUCCUGGGCAUCUUCAGUCUUUGGUUGGAGAAGAUUCUGAACAAUUCUGUCUCUGAAGUUGGAUCAAAUUUGAAGUUGAUCUGGUUUGGUAGAGGUGGUGAGGAGCAACCAGUGACCUCCACAGGCCCCUUUCUGCAAGAAUUGCUCAACAAUCCUGUGAUGAACAAAACCUUACUUUUAUUGUCUGCCUGGUAAGUACCCUGUCUUUUUUACCACAGUGGAGUCUGUUUUCAUCCUGAAGUGGGCUCUGAGCCAUGAAGAAACCAAGCCAAGCAACAUUUCUCAGUUAGUCAUCAAAUUGAUGCAAGAUAACCU